AUGACCAGAAACGAAGGAGAUUACAUGUUGGUUGCUCACAAGCAUAAGAUAAAUUUCCACAAAACAACCACAAUUCGUGUAUCAACUCCUUUUGUUGAUAGGAUCGAUCCUUUUAUUUUUGUGAGUUUUUAUGAUCUGACAGCCAGAAAUUUUGACACUCCUGUUGCAUUUGAUUUUAUUGGUCAAGUUGUAUAUACUGAACCCAUGAGAGUGAUUAAGGAGAAUGCAAGGGAAACAAGGCUAAUGAAUAUUGUUGCACAAGAUCUGAGCAUUGCUGAUAUCGAUUUGAAUGUUGAGUCUUCCAUUAAUACUACACAACUUAACACACAAACUGUUGUGGCCAAGCCAGAAGAUUACUACUUCCAUUUUCAUAUCAAAAACAUUGAUGAUAUUCCAGAUUACAAUGAUGAUCAAGGACGCCAAAAGAUCCCCGAUGAGUUCAAUACGAUGCUUAAUAGGAAGUAUGUUUUUAAAGUUCAGAUUUCAAAGUUUAAUCUCGAGAACAGUUAUCACGCCUACACCGUUCAUAAGAUGGCUAAUGAUGAACUUGCAGUUGGUGCAGUUUUCAAAUAUUCACCUGCAUACGAAGAAAACAAUAUUCAUUUUGAUGGUACUCCUAUCAACAAGUCUAUUAAGGAAAAGAGUGUUUCUAUUGAAGGUGACAAUAUUAAUGUUCUUGAUCUUGAUGCGGUGACACCGACAACUACUUCACUGAAACGCCCUAUUGAGAUUGUUACCACCACUGAAUCGUUUGAAUGGUCUUCCUCAAAAGAUGGUGUUGCUCCUCAUACCCUUAAGAUUCAAAAAAUGGAAAAAACUCGAAUAAAUUUAGCAGUUAUGAUUAUUUGA